AGUCAAUUUUGGCUCGACCGUGACUGGUGAAUCCGAAACUCGCUUACUUGGUACCAACCAGUUUGGACCUAACGCAGUCGGGAAGCAUGUCGGACGAGACGAAGAACGGCCUGACCGUCCUUGUAUGCGGUGGCGGCAAUGCAGCGCAGGUGGCCACUGCAAUGUUCGCAUCGCGGUACGACACGUACGCGAUUUCCCUCUACGCGGAUGAGGCCGAGAAGUGGAAGCACGCUAUGCUUAACCCAAGGUGGAAUGACAAGACGGUCGGCAUGGAGUUGACUUUGGACACAGACAAGAAGCUCCUCAGCAUUCCGACCGACAUCACGAAUGAUCCGUCCGUCGCUGCAAAGGCGGACGUGAUCAUCCUAGCGGUGCCAUCUUUUGCUCACGGUCAGUAUCCAGUUGCCUGCGGCCUUCGAGCCCUACAUCAAGCCAGGGACCAUCGUCGCGUGCAUGCCUGCCCGCUCGGGGGGCGACAUCCUCUUUGCCGCGAAGAUGGGGGCGAAAGCGGAGUCUCUGGCUUUUGUGGGCUUCGAGACUCUGCCCUGGGCUUGCCGCUUCACCGACUGGGGGAAGCGCGCCACCAUCCUCGGCACGAAGGGAAGCAUCCUCGCCGCGGUGACGCCAGAAUCAGAGUCCGACAGGGCCAUCUCCGUCCUGCAAGGCCUGCUCGGGGUCUUCCCACGGGUUCUGAAGAGUCCAAACAACCUCGGCAUCAGCUUGCGCAAUCCGGGGCAGGUGAUCCAUCCUGGCGUCAUGUACGGGCGCUGGUGCUCGGAGAAGUGGGACGGGAAGCCUCUGACGGAGAAGCCGCUCUUUUACCAGGGCGUCGACGAGUUCACGGAACAGGUCCUCACUGGCCUCUCUGACGAGGUGCAGGCUGUGCGCAAGAAGGUGGAGGAGAUGAUCCCUGGCUACAGCCUGAAAGAUGCAUGCACCUUGCACCAGUGGUAUCUGGACUCGUACAGUGGUCAAAUGGCAGACCCUUCGACCCUCAGAGGUUCCAUGAACACGAAUUCUGCCUACAGGGGUCUGACACACCCCAUGAAGCAGGAGGCGGACGGUACCUUCAUGCCCGACCUGAAGUACCGCUACGUUGCUGAGGACGUGCCCACGGGCCUCUGCUUCACUAAGGGCGUGGCCGAGUUGAUUGAAGUUCCAACUCCCACGAUGGACAAAGUUCUCAUGUGGGCCCAGGUCGGAGGAGGAGCACCCAAGGCGGCACCACCCAGCAUGCGUCCAGCAGGCUCCAGGGCGGGGCACGACGACGGCUGGACGUGGCCAGGUGGCUCUUCCGAAGUGGCCCCGGGGGAGCCAGAAGCGCCCGACUCGAGCGCGCCUGAUGCGCAUAUGGCACGCGAGGCGCGUGCGCGCCGUGCGCUUCGUGUCCUCGGCCCGCCGCACGCCGACCCCUGCUCGGCUGCAGGGUCGGAGAGGUUGCGCGCCUUGCUCUUCCUGCCCACGUCACAGCAGCUGCUCUCGCUGCGUGUCCGCAGCGCCGCCUGGUGCAGGCGAUGUUCGCUGUGCAGCUGGCAUGCCCGCAGUGCCUCCUCCGUGCUCGUCACGAGCGUCCGGCGCUUCGAGCGCGCUGCUUGCGCGUGGCGCAUGGCGUGUGUGGCGUGUGCGCGCAGUGCGCUUGGCGGCCAUGGAGCGUCGCGCGUCGCGUCGGGCGGGUUGCGCCGGCCUCUGCCCGACCUCCAUUCGAAAAAGGCGUGGGCAAUGCGCUCCAGGUUUUGUUUGCUGUCUCUCCGUCCUGCCGCCAAGUGCGGGGGGGGCCGCGCGGCAUUCUUUUGGGCGCGGUUGGCUGGCUGGCUGCCUCGCUUCCGGCCCGCUUCCGCUCGCGCUGGUCCGGCCGCUCAGUCGGGCUUUAAAGCUUGUGACUUCUCUUAGAGGCCCACGAAUCACAGUCAUGCCAGGCACUGCGGUGGCGAUGGCGGCCCAGAGUUUGUGCAUGUCCGCGCGAGGUGUCUAGAUUGCCAUGGUCGGUCUCCUUGCUUCUCCUCUCGCUUGCCUCCACUCGCGCCUAGCUGCGGCAGCUCGGACUGGCGCCCUUGACGGUUUCAGGCCACUAUUGGCUGGUGUUUUCCGUUUUACCGCUUGUGUGCAUUGCGCGAUGCAUGGUGCAUUGGGUUUUUUGUUUGUCGAAUUAUUCGUUGUUCUCUCGUUGG